UCUCUCUCUUGCCACCUGUUUCCUUUUCUAUCUUACACGUGUUCGCCAAAAAAAAUUUUCUCCCUCCAACCUUCGGCUGUAAGAUUUAAGCAGUUCCUUUACUUCCUUAUGAUCUCAUGUCGAAACCCUAAUUGAACUCUUGAAUUACUGAUGGUGCAAGCUUAAAUUUAUUGCUAUUUACUAUCUAUCUACUUCCACAAUCAUGAUUUCAAAGCAGAUAAUCCCAUUUGAUUAAGCGAUACAGGAUGGAAGAAAUUGAUCCUGGUGAUGAAGAGUACUGCUGGAAAAUGGAGGAUUUUCGGGAGUACUCAAGAGCACAUGACAUAAAUAGCCAAUUAAGCUGGAUAUGGAGAAAAGGGGUAAAUAUGGGGAAGAAAAUGGUGGUGAUGGGUGUUGUUGUUUCAUCAGCCACAAUUGUUCUUCCUCCUCUUGUGGCUUUGUCUGCUAUUGGAUUUGCCUUUUCUGUCCCUGCUGGUUUUGUUAUCGCUACAUAUGCAUGUGGUGAGAAGCUUAUGAACACUUUACUUCCCUUACCUUCUCCACCUUUUGAGCAAUAUGAGUCGACAUCUAGUGACGAUGAAGAAUACAGGGUUUAUAGUGAGAAUAGCUAUGAAGAAAAAGAAUAUGAAGAGGAUACUAGAAAGAGUAUAGAAUCAAGGAUUGAAUUGGUUGAGGUAAAUAAUAGGGAAAUCAAUAACUAUAAUCAAACACCCGUCAAUAAGGGCGAAUUAGAUAAAAGGUCAUCAAAAGUGAGUGAGAUUCUUGAAGAAGGGGGAUGCGAGGAAGAUGCGGAGGAGUGCAUGGAGGAUGAGGAGAUACCUGCGUUAGACUCAAAAAUAAUUCCUGACAUAUUAGAAGGAAUCAAAGAGGCAGAGGAAGAGAUUUCUCGUAUGGAUAAGAAAGGGAUGCCAAGAAACUCUUUAAGGGCAGUUGUAUUAGAGGCUCAGAUAGGCGGGGAGAAUGAAGACAACGUUGAUCAAGUAACGAAAAGCAUGGCUUUUGUGCCACCUAGAGUAAAUAAAAUUGACGAGAACAAGUACGUGGAAAAUUUAGCUGGUAUAGAAGAGGACGAACUGAGAAGUGAGUCUAUGGGAUUGAUUGAAAAAAUGAGGGAUGAGGAUGAAAAAGACCAGCAGAGAGAACACAGUCCUGAGGAAAAAGCACCUAAUCUUACUGUCAUCACUGAAGAAGCUGAACCAGCCUUGGAUGACAAGGAAAUGAUAAAUAGUCUCAAAAGUGAUGCAAAUUUUGAUUACAUAAGCUUUGAGGUAGAGGAGAAUGACUUAAUGCAAGACGAGCCAAAAUCUGCGGUAGAAACUCAGCUUGUGGUAAAUGUGAAGAUAGACGGUGAUCAUACCGUCACUGAAGUUCAUCAAGGAAGCAGUAUAGAUAAGAUUGAGACUUUGAUAUUUCCUAUUCAAGAAACACGGCAGAUGGUUGAUGAAACUUUGAUCCUUCACAAUGAAGAACCUAGGGAUGUUGCCGAAGAAAGUAAGAUCGAUUUGCCUGACAAUGGAUCCGUGGCACUCGAUGAAAUGACAGAAUCGAUGGUUAAGAUCCAUGAAGGGGAAGAUCAAUCUCUAAGUAAUGUAGUUGGAAUAGCUUUUGAUUAUCAUGAGGUUGUGAUUGAGUCAGCAAUGCCGGCCUAUGAACAUGCUGAUGCUGCACCAGAUCAAGGAAUUACUGCUGUUUCUGACAAGGUAAAAGUGGACGAGGAGAAGGUAUGGGAGCAAAUCAAUGCUUUGCGAACCAUUGUGGGAUGCACGGAUACUCCACGUACUUCGUAUGCAGAAGAGCUCAAUGCUCUUUACGUGUUUACUGGUGUUGAGCCACCAGUAUCGACCAAGGGCCCUGCUGAUCUUUCCGAGAUUGAUGAAAAACUUCACUUUCUUAUGUCAAUAGUUGGUGUCAAGUAGAUUACUCUGCUUAAUUUGGCAAAUAACACUGUUUUUUAAAUUUUGGAUUCGUCAAAUUCGUGAUAUUUGCAUCAAGUAUCUUGUUUUGAGAGUAGUGUAGUAAUGUAGGUAUGUAUUUAUGUUUUGUUUGCACUUGUUACAUUUGGGAAAGUUGAGACAAGCUCAUCAUAAUGUGGAACUGUUGAGUUUCUUUUGUAGAUCCAUGGAUCUUACAAUUCGUUUUGAAUACCGAUCACAUAAAAGUUAUUGGUAAUCUAACUAUAAGCAAGGAAUAAUCUUCAAUUACUAUUAAUAACUAAUUUAUUU